UCUCUCUCUCUCUCCGCGAUUCACGUUUCCUCAAAUCUAAUUGUCGGAGAGAGAGAAUUACGCCGCAGAAUCUAAAAUCACCGUCACGUUCUCUCCUCCCUCGAUCUCCGUUACCGUCAAGAUCGAACUUUUCGUGGUGGGUUUAUCGAGAAAGAAAGGGGAAAAAAUGAGUUUUCAGGAUUUAGAGGCAGGAAAAGGAAGAUCAUUAGCAUCUUCAAGUAACAUCAAUGGUGGAGACACGACGCAAGCCGUAGCUUCCGGUGUGUUUCAGAUCAACACAGCCGUCUCUAGCUUCCACCGCCUCGUCAACACUCUCGGUACUCCUAAAGACACGCCGGAGCUCCGAGACAAGCUGCACAAGACAAGACUACAUAUCGGAGAGUUAGUUAAAGACACAUCAGCUAAACUUAAAGAAGCUAGUGAAACUGAUCAUCAAAGAGGUGUAAACAGGAAGAAGAUUGUGGAUGCUAAGCUUGCAAAGGACUUUCAGUCUGUAUUGAAAGAGUUUCAGAAGGCUCAGCGUCUCGCUGCUGAAAGAGAAACUGUCUAUGCUCCUCUUGUCACCAUAACAUCUCCUCCAUCUAGCUAUACAGCCAGUGAGAUAGAUGUUAGUGGAGAUAAGCAUUCAGAGCAGCGUGCUCUUCUUGUGGAAUCAAAAAGACAAGAACUUGUAUUGUUGGACAAUGAGAUUGUAUUCAAUGAGGCUAUAAUUGAGGAAAGAGAGCAAGGGAUACAAGAAAUCCAGCAGCAAAUUGGCGAGGUGCACGAGAUCUUCAAAGACUUAGCUGUGCUGGUACAUGAUCAAGGCACCAUGAUCGAUGAUAUUGGUACUCACAUAGAUAACUCCCAAGCUGCAACAGCACAAGGAAGAUCCCAUCUUGCAAAAGCCUCAAAGACGCAAAGAUCUAGUUCAACUCUGAUGUGCUUGCUCAUGGUGAUUUUUGGUAUCGUACUCUUGAUUGUUAUCAUAGUGCUCGCGGUUUGA